CAUCAAAUAACUACUGCUGACAGCGAUCAGGACGAAUGUCAUAGGAUGAACACUGCUGGUGGGGUGUGUCUGUCUGUGCUGUCCUCUCUCCUGGCUGUGGCUGGGGCCCUGGCUGCCUUGUCUGCCCUCGCUCUAGCGCCUCUCUCUGCCCUGGCUGAAGCUGCCUAUGGGGCUGCCAAUGGCGUCCCCAGCACCGGAGCAGAGGGAGCCCCCUCGCCCAUCUCCUCACCAUGCUCCAGCCUUGUAGCUGGGGUGCUCUAUGGCUCUUUCUCCCUAAGGGAGCUCUUUCCCUCCAGGGCGCCAGGCUGCUCCUGGUCCCUGGAAAACCCCGAUCCCACCAAGUACUCCCUCUACCUCCGCUUCACCCGCCACCCUAUCAUCUGCCGGACACACUCCCCCAUGCUCCUCUCUCUUGACCACCACCUGGCCAAUCAAAGCUGUCCCCUUCACUUACAGACAGCCGCUGCAAGGGAUCAGGAAGUUAUUGAUCUUUGUGGCAGCGAAUCCAACUCAGAGGGACCCUACUCCUUCCUACAGUUUGAUAAGAACUUUGUCCAGCUGUGUCUUACGAGACAUCCAGCUGCAGAUGAGCCUCAGGUAUCUAAGGAAUUGCUUGAGCUGAGACUCGUAGAGGUGUUGCUCAUUAACAAUGAGAACUCAAGUCAGUUUACCUGCGGCGUGCUCUGCCGAUGGUUUGAGGAGUGUUUACGGAACGGUCACAAUGGAGACCAGGAGGUUUCUGAUGGUGAUGGUUGUGGGAUGACUCAGACGGGAUGUAUCUGUCCAAACCACAACAUCAUGGCACCACCUAUUCCGUUGCUCCCGGAGACACCACACAGUUUUAGCAACGGCUCGCUGGUUCCCGAUGACUGCUGCGUCACUGAGCUGCAUUCCAAUGAAGCGAUCGCCAUAGCACCCAGAGAUGUUCGACAAGACCCAUAUGAUGAUGAUGAUCUGAAGGUGAAGACCCAGAGACCUCGAUCAGCUGACCAGCCAGGUGUGUUUCAGGCACAAACUGGUGACCCUGCUGCAGAGGAGUGGUCACAGUGGAGCGUGUGUUCUCUCACAUGUGGGCAAGGCUGGCAAGUGAGGACACGAUCUUGCGUUUCUUCUCCCUAUGGGACACUGUGCAGCGGAGCCCUGCGGGAAACGCGCAUGUGCAACAACACCGCCUCAUGUCCAGGUGAACCUGGGAUCACAGGCUCAGUGCAUGGGCUGUGGGAGGAGUGGUCGUCAUGGAGUCUGUGCUCUGUGACCUGUGGGCGGGGCUCCAGGACGCGAACCAGGAAGUGUGUGAACGGAGGCGGGGUCUUGGCUUGUGGACGACCCGAGAUUCAGACCAAACUCUGCAACAUAGCAGUGUGUCCUGUGGAGGGUCAGUGGUUGGAGUGGGGGCCGUGGUCAAGAUGCAGUGUGACUUGUAACACGGGAACCCAGCAGAGGCAGCGACGCUGCAGUGCGUCAGUGCACGGCUGGGCUGAGUGUAAGGGCCCCCAUCAGGAGAGCAGAGAAUGCACCAACCCCUCCUGCAGUGGUGGAGGUAACUGGGGCAGCUGGAACCAUUGGAGCCUCUGCAGCAAGACAUGUGAUUCCGGAUGGCAGCGUCGCUUCAGGAUGUGUGAGGGCACUGGAAUACAGGGCUACCCCUGCGAUGGCUCGGGAGAGGAGGUCCGAUCCUGUAAUGAGAAGAAGUGCCCUGCUCCUCAUGAGAUAUGUAAAGACGAACACCUUCUCUCUAUGGCAUGGAAGAGAGCCUCAGCUGGAGAAACAGUCUACAACAAGUGUCCAACUAAUGCCACUGGAUCUGCUAGUCGUCGUUGCAUGCUGGACAAUAAUGGAGUUGCUUUCUGGGGUCCUCCGAGCUUCGCCAGAUGCGUCUCACUUGACUAUAGAUAUUUACAUUUAUCUUUACGAGAGCAUCUCGCGAAGGGUCAGAGGACCCUGGCCGGGGAGGGCAUGUCUCAGAUCGUAAGGAGUCUCCUGGAGCUCUUGCAGAGGAGGAGCUACUACAGUGGCGACCUUCUCUUUUCCACGGAGAUCCUGCGAAAUGUGACGGACACCUUCAAAAGAGCAACCUACAUCCCAGCUCCCGACGACGUGCAGAAAUUCUUCCAGAUAGUCAGCCUCAUGUUGGACAUGGAAAAUGUAGAGAAAUGGGAGGACGCACAUCAGGUCGCUCCCGGUGCUGCUUUGCUGAUGAGGAUAUUAGAAGAUUUCAUUCAUCUCAUCGGAGAAGCCCAGAAGCCUUUCCAGAGUUUCCUGGUGGUUACCAACAAUCUCAUGAUAACUGUCCAGCGAGAACCAGUGUCAGCCGUAUCCAGCGAUAUCAACUUCCCCAUGAAGGGCCGGAGAGGGAUGAAGGACUGGGCCAGAACAGCUGAGGACAAGCUCUACAUCCCUAAAGAGGUCUUCACCAUUCCAGCUGAAGAGACUGAGACGGAAUCAGAGUCUACAAUGUACUAUGUCAUUGGAGCCAUCUUGUACAGGACGCUGGGCGUCAUCCUACCUGCACCAAACCCCCCUGCGGUCAUCAACUCGAAGAUCCUGACGGUGACAGUGCGGCCGGAACCACAACCCAGCAAGCCCAUGGUGGUAGUGGAGCUGUCGCCGCUUUUUAAUGGUACAUCAGACCCACAGUGCGUUGUCUGGGACUAUGGCAACCCGGAAGCUGGCGCAGAAAACUGGGGCACAGAAGGCUGCCAAACGCUCGCAUCAACCACUGUCCACACCAAAUGCCUGUGCAGCAGGAUAUCCACCUACGCAGUGUUAGCGCAGCAAGCUAAAGACCCGGAUAUGGGUCCUACCAGCAUGCCCUCUGUGCCCCUCAUGGUGGGCUGUGGGGUCUCCUGCACUGCUCUGCUCAUCCUGCUGCUAAUCUACGCUGCCUUCUGGAGGUACAUACGCUCGGAGAGAUCCAUCAUCUUGGUGAAUUUUUGCCUCUCCAUCUUGGCCUCCAACUUAUUGAUUUUGGUGGGACAAUCUCAAACGCUUAGCAAGGGCCUCUGUACUGUGACGGCCGCCUUCCUGCAUUUCUUCUUCCUGGCGUCCUUCUGCUGGGUGCUGACAGAGGCGUGGCAGUCCUAUCUGGCUGUCAUUGGCAAAAUGAGGUCGCGACUCAUUCGCAAGCGUUUUCUGUGCCUCGGCUGGGGUCUUCCAGCCCUAGUUGUAGCAGUGUCAGUGGGUUUCACCAGAGCGAGAGGUUAUGGCACAGCCAGCUAUUGCUGGUUGUCUUUGGAGGGCGGUCUGCUUUAUGCUUUCGUUGGGCCUGCUGCUGUCAUUGUGUUGGUGAAUAUGCUUAUUGGAAUUGUGGUGUUUAACAAGCUCAUGUCUCGAGACGGCAUCUCAGACAAGUCUAAAAAGCAACGAGCGGGUGUCCCAGCGGAGGCGCGUAGCCGACUGCUCCUGAAAUGCUCCAAGUGUGGCGUGAUCUCGAGCACCGCUCUGUCCAGCUCAACUGCCAGCAGCGCCAUGGCAUCUCUGUGGAGCUCCUGCGUGGUUCUUCCCCUGUUAGCAUUAACCUGGAUGUCAGCAGUGCUGGCCAUAACCGACCGGCGCUCCACACUCUUCCAGGUCCUCUUUGCUGUCUUUGACUCUGUUCAAGGUUUUGUCAUCAUCACCGUCCACUGUGCAAUGCGCCGAGAGGUGCAGGAUGCGGUGCGCUGUAGGAUGGGGGGAUGUAAAGACGACAGCGAAAACUCACCAGACUCCUGCAAGAAUGGACAGGUGCAGAUCAUGAAGUGUCCAAAUGUGAGCUACUGUGGGCAGCAGUGUGGCUCUCUGCGUUACGGCACAACCAUGUGCCUGCCGAGUUGCCACCCACAGCAGUUCCCGCCAAUGGGCCACCAGGCAUGCCAGCAGGCCUGUUGCCACAGUCUGCCCCGCAGCAACCACGACCAUGGGCUAGAACACAGCCACGCCCUCAGCCACGCACAUGAGCAAAACCACAUCCUGAACAAUACCCACAACCACGUUCAUAACCAUAACCACGCCCACAACCACAUCGGCAGCCAACCAACGGAUUUUGAGAAGGAUGUGGACUUGGCAUGUCAAACAGAGAGAGGACACCCAUUCAUUUUCAAAGAAGUGAAUACCUGUAACCCGGCAACCAUCACUGGGACCCUUUCCCGCAUCUCCCUGGAUGACGAGGACGAUCCCAAGCUGACAGCCCACCAAGAGGGCGGAGUGGGGGUCAACUUCAGCUCCCUCCCUGGGAACAUCCCACCUCCCAACCUCAUCGUACAGGUUCCAACCCUUGGCGGCCUCAAUGAGCUGAGCGAGACGCCCCUAAAGAAAGAGAUGAACGUAGAUCAGCAGAGACAGCAGGGACAGCAACGCAGCGGCGCCCCAAUCUACCUGUGCACUGAGAGUGGCCUGGGCUGGGCUCGACCACCCCCUUCCUCCAACACCUCCCAGGAUGGAAGUGCCGGAAGCGGGGGGAGUGGUGGAGGGGGAGGAGGAAGUGGAGGAGGCGGGGAGGGAGACUACAUGGUCUUACCUCGUAGGACGGUCAGUCUUAAACCUCCAGCGUCCUCCUCUCAAGGAGGAGGCCUUGGACUGGGGGGCGAGGACAAGCCGCUCAACAUCGCAGUGGAGGACCCUCCCUUCCCCCCGCCUCCUUCACCCUUGACCCUCCACCCAGCUGAGAGCGAGGCAUACCCGGCGGAUUUUGUGCCGUCGAGCGUGGGCGACAUGAACAUCGCCAUGAACCUCAACCGCUCCUAUGGGACAAUCAAAACCAUGCCCCAUGGGCACGGCCACAUGAUGGCUCAGGGUGGUCUGGUACACUCCCACGGAGGACACAUGCACUCCCACGGGCAUUCACUCCAACUGAAGCCGAGCCAGAGGCCUUCAGUGAGACAGAUUCUGACAGGGGGAACCACAGUGGAGAGAACCAGGACCCUGCCACGCAACCUGGGCAGCACCAAUGCCAACAGCAGCCUCUCAGCAGGAUCCCUGGAGAGGAAAAGAGUACGGUACUCUGAGCUGGACUUCGAGAAAGUGAUGCACACUCGCAAAAGACAUUCUGAGCUGUACCAUGAGCUCAACCACUCGUCCAAGUUCCACACCAUAGACAGGUAUAGCAGGGACCCAGCCAUGUCCACAUUCAAGAGGGAAAAGCGAUGGAGCAUUUCGUCUGCCGGAGGUGAAAAGAACUCGUCGAGUGACAAGUCAACCCCGGAGGACCAGAGUUCCUGGGACAGCUUCAAGACUAUGACCCCUGAGCUGUCCAUCGUGCCUGGGGAGCAGAAAGACCGGAUGGAGCUGCACAAUAAGAACUGGGACUCCUCCUCCGCCAACACGCCUGACUCGUCCGAGGGAGACUUCCAGACUGAAGUGUGAAGACACACACACAUCCACAUACUCACUUGAAUACACAUGUGCUCACGCUGAGACAAACUCCUGAAAAAGCUAUACAUAAGUACAUGAUUUCUCGCAAAGAUCUCACACACACUGCUCCCUGUCUCUUGCAAUGUGCUCUGUUGGAUCCCAUACUGUAUUUGUUUACUGCUGCAGUGGACAGACACGAAAGAGGACUGUUCUACUCUAUAUUUUCGCAAAGACUACUGAAAAGAAAGAACAGGGGCUUGACACGUCUGGGACUGAGGAAAAUUUUUAAAUGAACUAAAAAAAACUAUGAAAAACUUAUUUCUGAGAAAAAUGUCUUGAUUUUAUUCUGGAGAAAAAAGAAAAUCUCUUUCAAUUGUUUGAUGAUUUGGGGGGUAAAAAAGAAAAAUAAUAUUUCUGCACCGUUCAGUUCUUUUUAUAGCAAGGGGAAAAAAAUUUCACUGAGGUUUCCCACACUGGUAGCCCCCCCUAGUCACCCU